GUCGUCAAGAACGUUUGCCACUAGCUGGAGAUUAUAAAACUGAACCAAGUAGAUGGUCCUACGAAAAUCUAGUAUUUUUGCAGUGUAGUAUUCUCCAAUCGUCGGGUGCAAGUAAAUAUGGAACGUUUCGCUAUAUUGCUUCAAUGUUCCUUCGUAUUGCAACUUCUGAUGCCGUUGUUUGCUCAGCUUGGU